AUGUCAUUUAGUUGGUCAACAUCAUCAAGUCCAUCAUUUUCUGGUCUUAAACCAACAACUACAAAUAGUUUUGCUGAUGCACUUAAACGACUUGCUGAACAUGUAGAAGAAAAAAAUAAAAAUAUAGAUGCAAAUAAUAUUGGAAGUUCUAAUCUUGUUCAAUCAUCAACAGAUUUUCCUAAUCGAAUGAUUCCAUUUCAUGUAAAUAAUUCAAUGUCACCUGAACAAACAUUACGAUUAUAUACACAAUAUAUUCAUGAAGCUGAAAGAAGAGAAGAUAUGCGACGACGUUAUCUACGAGUCUAUAGUGGAUCAAAUGGUCCUAACAUAAAUUUACCUAUAUUGAACAGCAUACCAAUACCAGAAAAUACUGAUAAAAAAUUAUCUGAGCAAUCAUCACAACUUUCUAAACCAAAAUUAAAACUAUUCCGUCCUUAUGAUCUCGAUAGUCCCAAUUCAAAUUCUCAUCAAACAUCACCAUCUCCAUCGACUUAUGUUCCGAGCAAUGUAACAGUUCCUGAUGAGUUGCAACCAACAGUAACAUCGUCUGGUAAAGAAAAACAAUUAUUUAAUACAUUAGGUCUCGUUCAACAAUCUACUGAUAUACAAAUAGAAAAAUCAUCGUUUGUUGAAACAGCACCAUUAGAAGAUUCAACGUCCAUUGAAACGGUUUUCAUGCAACAAGAUAAUAUUCCUUUCAAUACGAAAGAUUCUUCAUUAUCAGUUACACUUAAACGUAAAUCAGUUUUUUCAUCAAAUACCCAAAACUCGUCAAAUCGAAAACAAUCGAAAAUCGACAAAAUACAUAAUACAGUGGAAUAA